CUCUUUCCCAAAUUCUUCACCGUUCACACUCCCCUUUCACACCUUCUUCAUUUCACAUGGAAAUCAACUCCUCCUCCUUCCUUACCCUCGAAGACUUUUCCUCCCUCUUCUUCCCCGAAACCAAUCCCACUCUCCCCAAUUCCAAUAUCAACCCCAACAAACGACGCGGAAAUACCUUCCACACAAACCACACCGCUUUCAACCACCUCCUUAAUUCCAUAAUUCACCUCGACCAACAACAACCUUCCUUCAUGGAUUCUCAACCAAACCAAUUCCACUUCGACUUCGACUCCUCUCCAACCAAGAGGCCUCGUCGCAGCACUAAUAAUAGUACUGCCUUCGACGACACCAAUUCUGCUGCCACAAGUUCCUCAGGAACGGCGCCCCAGCGCCGUCUCUGGGUGAAGGACCGUUCCAAGGACUGGUGGGAACGCUGCAACCACCCGGAUUUCCCGGAAUCCGAAUUCCGGCGGUGCUUCCGAAUGAGCAAAAGCACGUUCGACAUGAUCUGCCAGCACCUGGACUCCGCCGUCACGAAAAAGAACACGAUGCUCCGCGACGCCAUUCCGGUGCGGCAGCGCGUGGCGGUGUGCAUUUGGCGGCUGGCGACCGGGGACCCUCUCCGGGAAGUGUCAAAGCGGUUCGGCCUGGGAAUCUCGACGUGUCACAAGCUGGUCCUGGAGGUGUGCUCCGCCAUCAAAACCGUCCUGAUGCCGAAGUUCCUCCGGUGGCCGGACGACGCGGCGAUGGAGAAAACGAAACAAGAGUUCGAGUCGCUGAGCGGAAUCCCGAACGUGGGUGGGUCAAUGUACACGACUCACAUUCCCAUAAUUGCUCCGAAGUCGAACGUGAACGCUUACUUCAACAAGCGACACACGGAGCGGAACCAGAAGACGUGUUACUCGAUAACCGUGCAAGGCGUGGUGGACACGAAAGGCGUGUUCAGCGACGUGUGCAUAGGGUGGCCGGGGUCUCUCUCGGACGAGCAGGUUCUGGAAAAGAGCGCCUUGUAUGAGAGAGCGAGCAGGGGCAGUUUGAAGGACGUUUGGGUGGUGGGAAACUCGGGGCACCCUCUGAUGGACGGUGUCUUGGUGCCAUACACGCAUCAGAAUCUGACGUGGACGCAGCACGCGUUUAAUGAGAAGGUUGGGGAGAUUCAGGGGGUGGCUAAGGAGGCCUUCGCCAGGCUCAAAGGGAGGUGGUCUUGCCUUCAGAAGAGGACCGAGGUUAAGCUCCAGGACUUGCCCGUGCUUCUCGGCGCCUGUUGCGUUUUGCAUAAUAUUUGUCAGAUGACCAACCAAGACAUGGCCCCUGAAUGCAAAUUUCACAUCUUUCAUGAUGACAUGCUGCCGGAGAAUGCGGUUCGGUCUAACGCUGCGCUGCAGGCCAGGGAUCACAUUGCGCACUAUUUGUUGCACCAUGGCCGCGCCGCCUCUGCUUUUUUCCAAUGAUCAUCGUCAUCAUCAUCAUCAUCAUGCAUCUCUUCUUAUUAAUUCUUUUGCCUUUUAUUCUUAUUUCUUAUAAUAACAUUCUGUUAGUGGGGAUAAUAUCAAUUUCUGUAGAUACUUUUUUACCCAACCCAAAAACUGAAUGAAUCAAUAUGUUUCAUUUUUGUUUUCUUAAAUCCAUGUUUUUGGCUUUGUUCCUGACAUUUCAGACAUUUUCCAUUCGGUGCUCGUCAGAUUUGCGAUUAAAAAACUUGUCGAUUCAUGUAAGGUCGAUGCCGCCGCGUGUUUGAUUUUUUUUUUGUGUCUAAUAAUGCCAUAAUAUAUUGUUCUGCUA